AGUGGCAACCUCCCACUUGAAAGAAAGCACUUCCAAACACAAAACUCCAUAUACAACACCCCUUCCAAUACUUCCCGCAAAGAACCAAAACUCCUCCUCAUGGGCCCUGCCCCUGCCCUCUACAUAUACCAAGGCCCUCCCACAAGCAAACUUGCAUCCAACCAUGAAUCUCCACUACAUACCAAAUGCUCUAUGCUCCCUCUCCUCUCUCAUACUCCUCCUUUUCAUCUCUUCUAUUCCCACCUCCAUUGCUCAGCCCCCACAGGUCCUGGUGUGGCCCAAGCCCAGGAACCUCACAUGGACUCCCCCCUACUCCUCCAUCCUCCUCUCUCCAACCUUCACCAUCUCCUACUCCGGCUCCAAUCCCUACCUCCAAAACGCCGUCAGCCGCUACCUCCGUCUCAUCCUCGCCGAAAAAUACACUCCGGUACGCCCCAUCCCCUCCAACCUCACCGCCUCCACUCAGCCUCUCCAAACCCUAACCCUCUCUGUCAACGACGAGACCCCCCCGCUGCAACAUGGGGUCGACGAAUCUUAUUCGCUCUCGAUUCCCAAUGGCACUGCAGUACUGUGGUCGGCCACGGUGUGGGGAGCAAUGCGUGGAUUGGAGACGGUCUCGCAGUUGGUUUGGGGCGAUCCGGCCAGAUUACCGGUGGGGCUUGAGAUUUGGGAUUCCCCUCUGUUUGAGCAUAGAGGGGUGAUGCUUGAUACUUCCAGGAAUUACUAUGGGAUGAGGGAGAUAUUGAGGACGAUCGGGGCGAUGAGUGAGAACAAGAUGAAUUUGUUUCACUGGCACAUCACGGAUUCGCAUUCGUUCCCAAUUGUGUUGCCGUCGGUGCCGGAGCUGGCGGAGAAAGGGUCGUAUGGGGCGGGGAUGCAGUAUUCGGCGGAGGAAGUGAGGGGCAUCGUGGAGUUUGGGAUGAGCCGAGGGGUCAGAGUAGUGCCUGAGAUUGACAGUCCGGGGCAUACCGGCUCAUGGGCCGCAGCAUACCCUGAGAUUGUGGCCUGUGCCAACAUGUUCUGGUCGCCACCCGGCAAAGACCCACUCGCUGCUGAGCCUGGUACUGGACAUCUUAACCCUCUCCACCCUAACACCUAUCCUCUCCUCCGCAAUGUUCUUCGCGACCUUGCUGCUCUCUUCCCAGACUCCUUCCUCCAUGCUGGAGCUGACGAGGUCAUCCCUGGCUGCUGGAAGGCUGAUCCCAAAAUCCAAGCUUUCUUAGCCUCUGGAGGAACUUUGAGCCAACUCCUCGAAACUCAUGUUAAUGCCACUCAACCUUACAUCGAAUCUCUCAAUCGCACCGCAAUUUACUGGGAGGAUGUCCUUCUUGACUCCACUAUCAAUGUGAAGCCUGAGCUACUCUCGAAGGAGACCACAAUCUUGCAGUCGUGGAACAAUGGACCUAACAACACCAAGCUCAUAACAUCCAUGGGUUAUAGAGCAAUAGUGUCGUCAUCUGCUUUCUACUACUUGGAUUGUGGGCAUGGUGAUUUCUUGGGCAAUGACAGUAGCUAUGACAAGAUGGGUGAUGAGGGCAAUGGGGGCUCAUGGUGCGGUCCUUUCAAAACAUGGCAGAGGAUUUACGAUUAUGAUAUAACUUAUGGGUUAACGGCAGAGGAGGCAAAGCUAGUGCUUGGUGGGGAGGUGGCACUGUGGUCGGAGCAAGCUGAUGGGACAGUGUUGGAUCCUAGACUUUGGCCAAGGACAGCAGCCUUUGCAGAGGCAAUGUGGUCAGGGAAUCGGGAUGAGACAGGGAUCAAGAGGUAUGCAGAGGCCACUGAUCGUCUCAAUGAGUGGCGAUAUCGGAUGGUGGCGAGAGGGGUGGGGGCUGAGCCUAUCCAGCCACUAUGGUGCCUCAAAAACCCCGGGAUGUGUAACUUAAGCCAAUAGUUUAUGGAAGGUGGUGGUGUGUAUAUUCUCCUUCAAUGGAUGGGGAGACUUUCGGAGUGUGUACACAGGGCACACCAUUUGUGCUGUUUUGAGUUGAUUGAUGUCUUUAUUUAAGAUUUGGCUGUGUACGCCCAGUUGCAUAUAAAAUUGUAAUGAUUUUUAUAAAAUACUUAUAUCUCGAAUAAACAUAAAAUUUGUGUUCA